UUAAGCUGCUGCACUGCUUUAGGACGUUAAGCUCAAUCUCAAUUAACGAACCAAUAAGUCGUUAUCUAUAUCGAUCGGGAAAACGGCUAAUUAAUAAAUUUCCAAGAACGAGUUGGUGAUUCGUGUCCAUGCGUAUCCGCAGAUUUAACCGCAAUUCCGACCCUCAGCAUGCUCGGAAUUCGGGAGAUGGUUCUUCUGGCCUCCUGCACAUUCUCAGCGGGCGUCGCCCUCAGUUACGCCGGUAAUGCGUUCCUCAAAGCCUCGACUGGGAAGUGCGCUCCGCAGCCUGAUUCGUACGGCAUCGGAAGCAGGGCGACGUGCACCUUCACCAGGGUCCUGGACAUCGACUCUCACAGAAUUCCGCCAGAGAUACCCAGCGUCAAGUGCAAGUGUCCUGGAAACCUGUGCAGCCCCAUGGGGGACUUCCGGUGCCAGGAAGUCAGAGAGAAAAUCAAAGUGUCCUACCCACUCUGGAACGGCGGCUCCCAGUGGUCAGUGCAGAACAAGACCAUAGACGUGACCACGGCCUGCAUUUGCGCCAUGAAUCGAGCCAUCAAGGUGAUGACGACGUGGACAGGACUUUGGACGUGAUAUACAACACGGUUCGUUGAUGGCGAUGCUAACGACGCUGGUAUAGGAAUGUAUCUUUCUUUUUUCACUAUUUCGACGAAGACUUGUCGUCAUGCAUAAUGUUUUCAUGGCUCGUGUUAUAUGCGUGUUUGUUGUAAGACCUGCGUUGUACGGUCCUUGUGUUUUCUGGUAUCUUUUCUCCUGUGCCCAGUAGCCAUAGCUAGACACGGUGCUAGUUUAGGACAUGUUGCAUCCAGUGAAAAGUGGGGCCAGUUCAAAGUACAGGCAAAAACUGUACCUGGUGUUUUGCUUUCUUUGCCUCUUAGUCACACUUUACGGAUGCUGUCUUGCUCAGUAGAAGACUCGGGCCACUGUUUGUGUGUCAUAGGGUAAUGUUACACUGGGCAUGGGCUCAGAUAGAUAAGCAGAGGAAGCGGCAAGAAGUGAAGAAAUCGGAUAACAGAAAAUUGAAGUAGGCUACA